AUGGCAACCCCCCGGCCAGCUCAGGCUCCUGCCUCUACUCAACCCCUGACGCCUCCAGACGACCCCGCAACUACAAACCAGGCGUCGUCGCAAAAUGCCACGACGAGCGCAGCGAAUCCUCCCGUCCCCGGCGUGCCGGUCAUGCCAGCGACGUCUCUAAACGACUCAGGCAAAUCUCGACGGCCACGCGAUGCGCGUCUUGUGCACAUGCUUCUUGCCUCUUUGGGUGUUACGGCGUACCAAGAGCGUGUCCCCCUGCAGCUUCUCGAUUUCGCCUACCGCUACACAUCGUCCACGCUCCAGGACGCAGCUUAUCUUUCCAUGGAGGGAUACGCAGGGGCGUCGGGACCAGGAGAACUACAUGUGUCGUCAGGUGGCGGGCGCGGAGGUGUUGAGUUGAAUACGGUCACACUGCAGUCCUUGCGAUUGAGCAUCGCGUCUCGACUACACUAUCAGUUCCAGCCGGGUCUCCCCAAGGAGUUUCUCGCCGACGUCGCAUCGGAGCGCAACAGAUAUGCGCUUCCCGGUGUGGCACGGGGUGGAGAGACGAGUAAUAACAAGGGCGCCUUUUCGAAUAUAUCCAUGGGCGGGAUGAGACUCCCACCAGAGAAAUUCUGCCUGACAGGGAUGGGCUGGAACUUGAAAGACGAAUGGGAAAGCGAGGGAGAAGAGGACUCCAGUGAAGAGAACGAGCCGACUGUUCUCGCCGAUAUUACCAAAAAUGAAGAAGACGAAGAUGCCGAGGAUGAAGGGGACGGAAGAAUGGAAGAUGUCUUUGGCGAGGACACGGCGAUGAAGGAGGGUGACGAAGACGACGAAGACAUGGCAGAUGCUUAG